ACCGGCGAGACGAUCCAAACGCCAGAAAAGCUGCGCCUGUUGGAUGAGCGACAGGCAGCGCUAUGUGUCUUUGCAAAGCUUAGCAUAAGGAUGCCGGGGAUGUUUAGGCUCAAGUUUACCCUAUACGAGACGUCCAAGCUCGGACUGUGCGAAGUGGGCCAUACCGUAUCGGAGCCUUUCGAGGUGUUUUCGCCCAAGCUCUUUACCGGAAUGCGCGAAUCUACACUCUUCACGCGCCAUCUUGCUACGCAGGGGAUCAAAAUCAAGCUGCGCACAGAUACCAAUGCGGGCAGAGCGUGA